AUGAAUUGUUUAUGUAAGAACAUCUUAUACUAUUAUAGUGAUUUGGACUUUAUCUUGCUCAUCUAAUUGUUAAAGUUGUACAGUUCCUUACACAUGUACCUAAUGCAAUGAGGGAUUUUAUGUGGGUGAUUAUUACCAAUGUUAUGCUUGUUCAUCUAAUUGCCAAGUUUGUAGUGGAGAUAGUGGAUCUGAUUGCUAAACUUGCUUUCCAAAAUUUUUUAAAUCAGUCUCAAAUUGUGAAGCUUGCCCGAGUUAGUGUUCUACUUGUACAUCUAGUUUAGUAUGUGAAACUUGUGAAGAACCAAACUUCAUUAUUGGAACUAUGUGUUCUGUUUGUGAUAAUUCUUGUAAGACAUGCUAAAAUACUCCUACAACUUGUACAUCGUGUGAUGUUGGCGAAUAUCUUUCAAGUUCAUCAUGUCUUCUUUGUUCAUCCCCAUGUUCAAACUGUGUGAAUAAUUCAAAUGAUUGUUUAUCUUGCAUUGAAAGUAAUAAAAAAGUAGUCGAUUAUUAAUGUGUUUGUAAUGAUGGAUAUUACAUGGAUGGAGCAAAUUAAUGUUAACUAUGCAAUCCACCAUGUUUUAAAUGUGAAUAUAAUGCUAAUAAUUGUUAGGAAUGCAUUGUUACUUUUACAUUAAAUUAAAAUAUAUGUGAAUGCUCAUCUGACUCAUUUUUAUUUGAUUCUAAUUAAUGUAAAAAAUGUGUAAGUCCAUGUUUAACUUGCAGAUAUAAUGAGAAUCACUGUUUAUCUUGCUUGGAUAGUAAUUAAGUUGUAACUAAUUAAAACCAAUGUAUUUGUAAAACUGGUUGGAUUUUAAACAAUGAUGGUAACAUAUGCAUAAAAUGCCAAUUAUAAUGUUCAGAUUGUAUAGAUACAAUAGAUAAAUGUGUUACAUGUUAAGAUCAAUUACAUUAAUAACUUGAUUCUUGUUAAUGUGAACCUGGAUGGAUAUAUGACGAUAAUUAUAACUGUAUAUCUUGUAUAGAACCAUGUAAAACUUGUGAGAUAUCUACUACUAAUUGUUUGACAUGUUUAGAUAUUAAUCAUGAGAUUAAUGAGAUAUAAUAAUGCGUUUGCAAAUCAACUUAUUAUUCUGAUGGUCUAAUAACAUGUGUAAAAUGUUAAGAACCAUGUUAUGAAUGUAACUCAUACGGUUGUAUCAAUUGUAUAGAUGCAAAUUAAAUUUUAGAUUCUAAUAAAUAGUGUGUUUGCAAAUAUGGAUAUCUCUCAUAAGGCAUAGAAUGUCUGAAAUGUCAAAAUCCAUGUUCUACUUGUAUAAACACUAUUAAUGAAUGUUUAACAUGUUUGGAUACAAAUUCAUAUGUUAAAGAUUAUUAUUGUUUAUGUAAAGAAGGAUUUGUGUAGAGGUUAGACUUUUGUUGCGAUCAAUAUUGCAUUGAUUGUUAGGAAGCAGAUAAUUGCAAUAAUUGUAUGAAUGGGUUUUUUUUAUCCACAACUAGACGAUGUUUAUAAUGUAUCGAGAAUUGCGAUGUUUGUUAAGAUUAAAUCACUUGUGAUAUCUGUUUAAAUGGAUACUUUUUAAAUCAAUCAUCAUAAUGUGAAGCAUGUUUUACUUCUUGUAAGAUAUGUAGCAAUUCUAAUAGUUGUGAAAUAUGUUUAGAUGGCUAUUAUAUAUUAAAUUAAAAAUGUGAACUAUGUAAUGAAAAUUGUUUAACUUGUAAUGAAUUACCUAAAAAAUGUCUUACAUGUUAAUUCAAUUUUGAAAUUAAUCCUAAUAAUUAAUGUGUUUGUAAGGUAGGAUACUAUGAAUAAUAAAAAUAAUGUUUUAGAUGUGAAUAUCCAUGCAGUAUUUGUUAAAGUAAAACAAUUUGUUANAAUAAUUUAUAAUUAAUUUUUCUUUAUAUUAUUUAUAAAAUCCUAUUUACACCUUCAAAUAUAACUCAUUAUUUAUUAUUUAAAAUGUUGUUCGGUGUAUUUACAAUCUACAUUAUUCUAAUGAAUUGUUUAUGUAAGAACAUCUUAUACUAUUAUAGUGAUUUGGACUUUAUCUUGCUCAUCUAAUUGUUAAAGUUGUACAGUUCCUUACACAUGUACCUAAUGCAAUGAGGGAUUUUAUGUGGGUGAUUAUUACCAAUGUUAUGCUUGUUCAUCUAAUUGCCAAGUUUGUAGUGGAGAUAGUGGAUCUGAUUGCUAAACUUGCUUUCCAAAAUUUUUUAAAUCAGUCUCAAAUUGUGAAGCUUGCCCGAGUUAGUGUUCUACUUGUACAUCUAGUUUAGUAUGUGAAACUUGUGAAGAACCAAACUUCAUUAUUGGAACUAUGUGUUCUGUUUGUGAUAAUUCUUGUAAGACAUGCUAAAAUACUCCUACAACUUGUACAUCGUGUGAUGUUGGCGAAUAUCUUUCAAGUUCAUCAUGUCUUCUUUGUUCAUCCCCAUGUUCAAACUGUGUGAAUAAUUCAAAUGAUUGUUUAUCUUGCAUUGAAAGUAAUAAAAAAGUAGUCGAUUAUUAAUGUGUUUGUAAUGAUGGAUAUUACAUGGAUGGAGCAAAUUAAUGUUAACUAUGCAAUCCACCAUGUUUUAAAUGUGAAUAUAAUGCUAAUAAUUGUUAGGAAUGCAUUGUUACUUUUACAUUAAAUUAAAAUAUAUGUGAAUGCUCAUCUGACUCAUUUUUAUUUGAUUCUAAUUAAUGUAAAAAAUGUGUAAGUCCAUGUUUAACUUGCAGAUAUAAUGAGAAUCACUGUUUAUCUUGCUUGGAUAGUAAUUAAGUUGUAACUAAUUAAAACCAAUGUAUUUGUAAAACUGGUUGGAUUUUAAACAAUGAUGGUAACAUAUGCAUAAAAUGCCAAUUAUAAUGUUCAGAUUGUAUAGAUACAAUAGAUAAAUGUGUUACAUGUUAAGAUCAAUUACAUUAAUAACUUGAUUCUUGUUAAUGUGAACCUGGAUGGAUAUAUGACGAUAAUUAUAACUGUAUAUCUUGUAUAGAACCAUGUAAAACUUGUGAGAUAUCUACUACUAAUUGUUUGACAUGUUUAGAUAUUAAUCAUGAGAUUAAUGAGAUAUAAUAAUGCGUUUGCAAAUCAACUUAUUAUUCUGAUGGUCUAAUAACAUGUGUAAAAUGUUAAGAACCAUGUUAUGAAUGUAACUCAUACGGUUGUAUCAAUUGUAUAGAUGCAAAUUAAAUUUUAGAUUCUAAUAAAUAGUGUGUUUGCAAAUAUGGAUAUCUCUCAUAAGGCAUAGAAUGUCUGAAAUGUCAAAAUCCAUGUUCUACUUGUAUAAACACUAUUAAUGAAUGUUUAACAUGUUUGGAUACAAAUUCAUAUGUUAAAGAUUAUUAUUGUUUAUGUAAAGAAGGAUUUGUGUAGAGGUUAGACUUUUGUUGCGAUCAAUAUUGCAUUGAUUGUUAGGAAGCAGAUAAUUGCAAUAAUUGUAUGAAUGGGUUUUUUUUAUCCACAACUAGACGAUGUUUAUAAUGUAUCGAGAAUUGCGAUGUUUGCUAAGAUUAAAUCACUUGUGAUAUCUGUUUAAAUGGAUACUUUUUAAAUCAAUCAUCAUAAUGUGAAGCAUGUUUUACUUCUUGUAAGAUAUGUAGCAAUUCUAAUAGUUGUGAAAUAUGUUUAGAUGGCUAUUAUAUAUUAAAUUAAAAACGUGAACUAUGUAAUGAAAAUUGUUUAACUUGUAAUGAAUUACCUCAAAAAUGUCUUACAUGUUAAUUCAAUUUUGAAAUUAAUCCUAAUAAUUAAUGUGUUUGUAAGGUAGGAUACUAUGAAUAAUAAAAAUAAUGUUUUAGAUGUGAAUAUCCAUGCAGUAUUUGUUAAAGUAAAACAAUUUGUUAUGGUUGUAUAACUCUAUCUAAUUUACACUUAGAUAUAAAUUUUUAAUGCAAUUGUAAUUCAGGGUACUUUUGGAAUAAUAUCAGCUGCUCUUAAUGUUAUUAAUCUUGUUUAACUUGCAUAGAUAAUUAAUUUAAUUGUUUGAGUUGUGAUUCAAGAUUAAAUCGAGUUUUAAAAAAUAAAGAAUGCGUAUGCUCUUAAAAUUAUUAUGAAAGUGAGAAUGGAGAUUGUAUUUCAUGCUUAGAUUCAAUAUCGAAAUCUUAAGAAAAUUGCAAAUAUUAAGAUUGUAAUGAUUUAAUUUGGACUUAUGGAGAAGAAUGUGAUGAUGGAAAUGAUGUAAAUAGAGAUGGUUGUUCUAAUUGUAAGAUUGAUGAUAACUAUUCUUGCUCUAAUAAAAUACUAGAGUAAUCGAUUUGUUUUCAAUGUUCGACUAAUUGUCUUAAAUGCCAACUGAAUCUUUAGACAAAUAAAUCUUAGUGUAUAUUAUGCUAAAGUGGUUAUUUCUUAGAUAAAAAUGCUUGUGUUGAAUGUUCAAUCAACUGUUUAGAGUGUAUUGAUUAAGCUUAUAAUUGUAAAACUUGUAAGUUUCCAUAAUAGUACAAUCAUAAAUGUAAAUUGUGUGAAUCUGGGUAUUAUGCAGAUGAAAUAAAUAGAGUUUGUGUAAAUAAUUGUGGAGAUAACAUAAAAGUAAAGGAGGAGGAAUGCGAUGAUGGAAAUAUUCUUAAAGGUGAUGGGUGUGAUGAUUAAUGUAAACUUGAAAAUAAAUACAUAUUUCUAAAUGGUUUAAGUAUCUUACCAAAUUAUCCAAAACCAUUAUUAUAAACUAUUGGCAUUUCUUAAAUUUACUCUACUAUUCGAUUAUUUAAAUUAUAUUAUACUUCUCCCUUAUUUAUUACUGAUGGUUUUUAGAUUAAAGAUUAUCUAACAUUUCAUCUCUCAAACAAUGGAAGUAUUAAAUAAAUGGAUCAGUCAUUUCAACUUACAUAAAAUAUUUCAUAAAUUAAUGAUUUUAAUUAAUCUGAAUUAAUCUUGAUAAUCAAUAUAACUUUUUCUAGAACUUCAUAAGAUGAACUCUUAAUAAUCAAAUUUUUAAAUAACUCUUUAAUUUAUUCAAAUAAGGAAUACUCUCAAAUUGAAACAGAAAUUUCUUGCCUUAUACCAAAAGUUAUAUAUAUAGAUGAUGUCACAAUUUAUAAUGUC